AUGGACGAUGAGUAUGGCGAUAUACAGGACUUCCAGGACAUCCUUGCGACAAGUGAAGCGAUAGAUAAAGCAGCCUCUGGGCCGUCGAGACAACAGCAGCCAGAGCCAGAGCCAAAGGCAAAAAUCCAGCAGCCCAAGCCGCAAGCUCUUCCAGCGCGGCGAGGGCCGUCGUCCAUCCUGGUCUCGUCAAGGCAAAAGGGAAACCCGAUACUGCAUCAUAUACGGCUUACGCCAUGGGAGUAUGCAGAUAUACCCGCGGACUAUCUUGUUGGGACGACGAGCUGCGCGCUCUUCCUGUCCCUCAAGUACCACCGCCUGCAUCCCGAGUACAUCUACACUCGAAUCAAGGCUCUGGGAGGGAAGUUUAGGCUACGGAUACUGCUUACGAUGGUAGAUAUCCCGAACCACGAGGACAGCCUAAAGGAACUGUCCAAGACGUGUCUGAUCAACAAUCUAACCAUCAUCCUGUGCUGGUCUGCGCCCGAGGUGGCGCACUACCUGGAGCUGUUUAAGUCGAGUGAACACGCACAGCCAACUGCUAUCAGGUCUCGCCAGGCGCAGUCGUACAAGGAUAGCCUGGUUGAGUUUGUGACCGCCCCGCGGAGCAUCAACAAGUCUGACGCGGCCAGUCUGAUGUCUACCUUCGGGUCGCUGCGAGAUGCCAUCAAUGCACAACCAGAGCAGAUCAGUGCUGUUCCGGGGUGGGGGGAGAGGAAGGUCAAACAGUGGACGAGCGCGGUGCAGGAGGAUUUCAGGACUGACAAGGCCCCUCGCAGCGCUCCAGGGGAGCCACAGCGUCAACGUCAGCCGCAGCCUCAGCCUGGCCAAAGUGACACUAGACAACAUAGUACUGUAGAAGAGGGAGACGAGGCUGCCAUGGAGGCCAUGAGAGAGGCAGAGAGGAGCCAGCUUGCAGCUUCUACACGGCCAGGCGAGGCUUCCGAGGGCCUCAGCGACGGCAUCCUCGCUGCCCUGUCCAAGUACCGAAAUGAAUAG